GAAAAAAAAAAGGAAAAAUAGUGUGAAGAAAAGAGGAGAGAGAGAGAGAGAGAGAGAGAAGAAAGCUGAAAGCUUUGAGAGGCUCUUCUGGUCUGCUGCUUCGCUUCUUCUCUUCUUGCUUCCUCCUCCUCCUCCUCGUAGAUAAGGAGGACCCAGGAGCGGAAAAAGCUGCGAUUUUUCGCUAAUUAAUCCCGGGGAUUAGCUGCCCAAGAGCAGCACCAGAUUUCUUUGAUGCUUGGUGGAGCGGUUGUACGACCAGCUGGGUUGCAAGAAAUUCAGCAGAAGCCCCAUGCCCCAAGCUAGGUCGUCCCCUCGGCUGGAGAGAUCGGAUUCCGCGAACAGCAGCUGGUCAUCCUGCUCAGUGGCGCCGUUUCUUGCUGAUCUGAUACUAAAGCUGGAUUAGCGAGGAGAGGAGAGAAAGAAAUCCUCUUCUUUUUUUUAUUAAUUUUUUUUCGGCGCCAUGGAUGGUCAGCAGCAGCACGGUGGCUCGGAUUCUCCGGCGGCGGGCGGCGCGCCUCACCUGUUCCACGCCCUCGGGCCGGCGCUCCUGAUCUCGAUGGGGUACAUUGACCUCGGGAAAUGGGUCGCCGCGGUGGAGGCAGGGUCCCGGUUCGGGUUCGACCUCGUGCUGCUGGCUCUCCUCUUCAACUUCAUGGCCAUCCUGUGCCAGUACCUCGCUGCCUGCAUUGGCACGGUCACGGGGAGGAGUCUCGCUGAGAUCUGCCACCAAGAAUACAGCAAACCAACAUGCAUCUUUCUGGGUGUUCAAGCAGGAUUGUCCUUGUUGACAUCAGAGCUGACAAUGAUUUUUGGCAUAGCACUCGGAUUCAACCUGCUAUUUGAAUAUGAUGAUCUCGUCACAGGGAUAUGUUUUGCAACAGUUGUUCCUAAUCUGCUAUCAUAUGCUAUAUCCCACCUGGGAAAGAAGAUGGCGGGGACAUUAAAUGCUUGCAUCGCAGGCUUUGCACUUCUUUGUUAUGUUCUCGGUUUAUUGGUCAGCCAGCCACAAAUUCCUCUCACAUCCAAUGUAAUUUUUCCCAAGCUGAGUGGUGAAAGUGCUUAUUCUCUGAUGGCUCUUCUUGGUGCAAACAUGAUGGCACACAACUUUUACAUCCAUUCAUCAGUUGUUCAGGGUCAGAAAAGAUCUGCCUUUGCUGUUGGUGCCUUAUUUCAUGAUCACUUGUUUUCAGUAUUAUUCAUUUUUACUGGAAUUUUUCUGGUGAAUCAUGUUCUGAUGAACUCUGCGGCAGCUGAUUCUACUAACACUCUUCUUCUCACCUUUCAAGAUGUUGUAGAGCUAAUGAACCAGAUAUUCGUAAACCCUAUGGCUCCAACUAUAUUUCUAGUGGUUCUUCUCUUCUCUAGUCACAUCAUCUCGUUGACAUCUGCUAUUGGUAGCCAAGUGAUUUUGCAGCAUUUGUUUGGUAUUAACCUUCCUGUUUCAGGGCAUCAUCUGAUAGUAAAGGGUUUUGCCAUAGUUCCUGCUCUGUACUGUGCAAAGGUUGCUGGAGCUGAAGGAAUAUACCAAUUACUGAUAACCUGCCAGAUUAUCCAGGCCAUGCUUCUUCCAUCAUCAGUCGUGCCACUCUUCCGUGUUGCCUCAUCAAGAUUAAUAAUGGGCCCCCACAGAAUGUCUUUGCAUCUGGAGAUAUUUACAUUUCUUGCAUUUCUCCUGAUGCUUUUUUCAAAUAUCAUCUUUAUGGCAGAAAUGCUGUUUGGUGACAGUGGCUGGAUGAACACUCUGAAAGGGAAUACUGGAAGCCCUGUGGUGUUCCCAUAUACAGCUCUUGUCACAGUGGCUUGUGUCUCUGUUGCAUUUUCACUCUACAUGGCUGUUACACCACUGAAAUCAGGAAGGCAUGAAGCUGAAUCGCAGGAAUGCUCUGUGCCUUCUCAGAAAGAACUGUUAACUUCUACUCAAGACAGAGAAGAGGCUUCUGUGGGCAAUGUUACCUAUGAGGAAGAUGAGAGAUCUGAUGUUGUUCCUUCUCCUAGGGAUCCACCUGAGGAUUGUCUGAAAUCAGCUCUGGAGUACAUCGAUAGUUCAGACACAGCUAUGGAAUCUGAUCAUGAUUCUCAACAUUCUACUGCUUAUACAUCCACUGCUCCUGAAAUCUGUUACUCUCCAUCUUUUAUUCCUGAAGAGUCAAAACCAGUUGUUGCAGUUGACUGGACAGAGCCUCUGGAGCCGAUUUCUAAUGCUAUUGCGGCUGAGGAAAGUACAGUAGAGAGUGUGGAUUCCAAGAGCACAGCUGAAAGGGAUAUUGAAGUAGAGCUAGGUGCUUUGAUAGACAAUGAUAAGGAGGCUCCACAUAUUUUAGAGUCUGACAAGCCACUUGGAGGUAACAAUCCUUCCUGUGCGUCGGAUGAUGGCCCACCAUCUCUUACCUUCACCAGGGGCAAAAGCUCAGAUGCAGGCAAUGGCAGUGGAAGUCUCUCGAGGUUAUCUGGUUUGGGCCGUGCAGCGAGGAGGCAACUAGCAGCCAUUCUUGAUGAGUUCUGGGGGCAUCUCUUUGAUUACCAUGGUAAACUCACUCAAGAAGCUAGCUCUAAAAGGUUUGAUAUCUUGCUUGGGCUAGACGUGAGAACACCUAGCUCAACUGCAAGAACAGACAAUCAAACUAAUGAAAUCCCGAAGAGCCCUGUGGUGCGAGACAAUCUACGAGGGUCUGCUUUCAUGGUAAGCUCAAGGGAUCUAAUGUCUCCUAAGAAUGAGAUGUCGAAUUUGGAUCUGACAUAUGGGCUUCAGAUGGGGACUAACAUUGGGUCAUCAGCCUGGUCUCAGGGCAUGCAGUUACCAAGCACGCAGCUGCAGGGUUCAAGCAAUAGCUUACUCGAUCAAGGUGCUAGAUUAAAUUCAAAUUUUAGUGCACCAUCAUACUCAGACAACAGCCAGUUCUACCAACCUGCAACAAUUCAUGGGUAUCAGCUCGCGUCAUACCUAAAACAGAUGAAUGCUAAUAGAAAUCCUUACUCUAGCAUGCCACUGGACCCACAGCGACUUCCGAAAUCUUCUGCAUCCGCUGUGCCAACCUAUGUUGAUUCUGUCAUGCAUGCUCGUAACCAGAAUCUGCUUGCUUCACUGGGAGCUACUCCUUCACAGAUUGCAGCAACAUCCCGGAUAGGUACGAUGAUGGCAGAAAGAUCUUACUAUGAUCCUUCCACUCUUGAUGGGAAUGAAAAUGCUGGUUCGUCAGCUUACUCAAAGAAGUACCACAGCUCACCGGACAUAUCUGCACUGAUUGCUGCAAGCAGGAGUGCUCUGUUGAAUGAAUCGAAGUUGGGUGGUACCAUUGGACCCCAGUCUUACCUUAGCAGGCUUGCAUCAGAAAGAUCUCAGUAUGCAAACUCAGUUGCCAGGCCUGCUGCUGCUCCCUUAGCAUUUGAUGAGCUCUCUCCACCUAAGCUUCAGAGGGACAUCUUCUCGAUGCAACCGAGUCCAAGCCCCAGUGCGAGAUCCCUUUGGGCUAAGCAACCUUUUGAGCAGUUGUUUGGUGUAUCAAGUGCUGAGCUCACUAAAAGUGAGUUCAAUCCUGCAGGCAGGUCGAGUGGCAUAACCAAGGAUGAUUUCUCUUACAAGGAGUCUGAGGCGAAGCUUCUUCAGUCUCUUAGAUUCUGCGUCUCGAAGCUUCUGAAGCUAGAAGGAUCAGGGUGGCUGUUCAAGCAAAAUGGUGGCAGCGACGAAGACCUGAUCGAUCAAGUUGCUGCGGUAGAGAAGCUAUUGCAACAAGGAACCAGUGACAACCAACUGUCGCACAUUGAUGCUCAGCAGCCAUGUGACAAGGCAGAUAUCCAGUACAUGCGUGUUCUUCCCAACUGCGGAGACGACUGCAUUUGGCGCGCCUCCCUUGUUGUCAGUUUUGGUGUCUGGUGCAUCCGUCGGGUGCUGGACCUGUCUCUGGUGGAAAGCAGGCCAGAGCUUUGGGGCAAGUACACUUAUGUUCUCAACCGUCUUCAGGGCAUCCUGGAUCCUGCAUUCUCCAAGGCUCGGAGCACGCUUACCGCUUGCGCGUGCCUCCACAAAGAUAUCCGGGCACCUCAGAAUAGCCUGAUAGCAACAAGCUCCAUCCUGAGGCCGAUCCGAGGUUCCUUCACCACUGCAUCUGUGAUCCUGGAGAUGAUCAAGGAUGUCGAGACGGCGGUCUCGGGGCGCAAGGGCAGGAGUGGGACAGCAGCUGGGGACGUUGCCUUCCCCAAGGGGAAGGAGAACCUGGCAUCCGUGCUGAAGCGAUACAAGAGGAGGCUCUCCAGCAAGGGACAGCAAUGAGAUGAGGCAAGCAGUGUAGGGGAGUGAGUUUGACCAUUGUUCAAGGAUGGCAGCCAUGGGUGCCCUCCCUGAGCCCUGGAUUUUUUCGUUGCACAACGUUUUCAGGGACCUGAGGAAUUGGCCAACACUUCUGGUCCCUUCCAUCAUAUUUUGUCUUCUUUUUCUCUUUCAAUUUUCUUUUCUUUUCUCUCUCUUUUUUUUUGCAUGUGAUGUGUUGUAUAAUGGUAACUGCUCAUGUGCCAGAAAGAACCGCCACCAAAAUGUACAACAGAUGUAGUCAGCUGAUGCACCAUUGUAAAGUUUAGCCUCUGCAUUUUAACCUUUUUUUUUUUUGGGGGGGGGGGGGGGGGUCAUCAAGAAACUGAAUGAAAUGCCCCAUGUAAUCUCCCUGCAGAGAGGAUGCCAGGACAAAAAGCUUU